AAAUAUAAAAUAUUGUGACCGUUUAUUAGGUCUUACUUUUCCUGACGUCCAAUUUGAAAAUAACUAAAGAUCUGACAGAUAGAUAUACAUUAUCUUUAUCAAGUACGUACAUCUCAUAAUUCAAGAACCACCCGAUAGUCCAUUAUCGCCAUCCCGCGCUCUAAUAAAUAAAAAAAAAAGUUCGCUUUUCGAGAAAAUACGAGAAGCAAACAAAAAGGUCGAUUAGUUGGACAAAUCCACAUGGCAGCCAGUCACAAUAGCACUUCUUUUCGUCAUCAAAUUCUCACCACCACCUCACACAGCACACACACAUACACCCACACACCAAAUUCAUUCAUCUAUAAAUUAGCUUCCUUUGCUUCAUUGGUUUCCUCCCUUCUUUUCCCCAAUCUCUAGCUUAUUAAAAAAAACAGUUUCUCUGUAAAUGAGCAUUCCGCUAUUAGCAUCUAAAUCCCGGUUUAAGUAGUUAGUUGCAUUGCAUGUGCUUUGGAAUCACAAACCAGCUUUUCUUUAUAAAAUUUAUCAUAAACAAAGCUGCUCUGCAUUGCAGAAUUGCAUGCACCGCCCAUUUUUCAUUCAAAUCUCAAACUACUUUCUAUAAAUAAAUCUACAUUUUCUUCUACUCUGUUUCUCCAAUUCCCAAUUUAGAAUUUACUACAUUUUCUUAAGAUUCUGAAUUUCAGAUUAACCAAUAAUGGGUGAAGAAACUAAGCCAGAAGAACAAGCUCCACCUGAGAACAAGCCAGAAGAGAAACCUGCAGAAGAGAAGAAAGAAGAUAACCCACCACCACCACCGCCACCAGCCGAAGAAGAGAAACCUCCAGCCGAGGAAGAAAAGAAGGAAGAAGAACCACCACAACCACCACCACCGCCGCCACCUUUUGUUCUCUAUGUGGACUUACAUUGUGUUGGAUGUGCUAAGAAAAUUGAACGGUCCAUCAUGAAAAUUAGAGGAGUUGAAGGGGUGGUAAUUGACAUGGGUAAAAAUCAGGUAACAAUAAAAGGAGUGGUGGAGCCACAAGCAAUAUGUAAUAAGAUAAUGAAGAAAACAAAGAGGAAGGCUAAGGUUUUGUCACCUUUACCUGCAAAUGAAGGUGAACCCAUACCUGAAGUUGUCACUUCACAGGUUAGUGGAUUGACUACAGUGGAGCUUAGUGUAAAUAUGCACUGUGAAGCAUGUGCUGGACAACUCAAGAAGAAAAUACUCAAAAUGAGAGGGGUACAAUCAGUAGAAACUGAGCUAAGUAGUGAGAAGGUCAUAGUAACGGGUACAAUGGACGCAAACAAGUUGGUAGAGUAUGUGUAUAGACGUACCAAAAAGACAGCCAAAAUAGUCCCACAACCCGAACCCGAGAAACCGGCCGAAGACCCGCCCAAGCCCGAGGAAGCGGCCGAGAAGCCCCCGGAAGAGCCUAAACCCGAGGAAGCGAAAGAAGAACAAAAGGAAGGAGGUGAUGAAGGUAAGCCACCAGCUGAAGGCGGCGGCGGCGGCAGCGGCGAAGGCGGUGGUGAAAACAAACAAGGAGAGCCUAACAAAGGAGAAGGUGAAGGAGUUGUUGAAGAAGUGAUUCAACCAAUAAAUUACAUUGAAGAAGAAUCAAUGAAAAGGAUGAUGUAUAGUAAUUACUAUAAUUACCAGCAACCUCUGUAUGUGAUUGAAAGAAUCCCACCACCACAGUUGUUUAGUGAUGAGAAUCCAAAUGCAUGUUGCAUUUCUUAACCCUUAAUUAAUUCAAAAAAGAGUAAUUAAGAGAUAUAAUUAAGUGAUAAUGGAUCUAUCAUCAAUCUAAUUAAUAAAAAAAAGUUUGAACUUAUAAUAAUUUAUUGAUUUUUGUAUGAUAUUAUUAUAAGUUCAAACAAAUAUAAUAGAGAUUUAUUAUAUUACUGCCACAUGAUGAAAUGAGAAUAUAGAGAACUUUGUUGGAUUGUUGUCAUAAA